UCGCAAAUCAGUCGCAGUGUGUGGAGUGCGGGAAAAGGAAUUGUGUGUGACCCGCUGCGCGUGCCAGACGCAAUCAAAAGAAGACUUUAGUGUGUGCAAAAGAAGAAAAACAAAAAAGGCUAGGGAUUAAGUGUGCGACUCUCUCCUUACGUAUUAUUUUUAUGAAUUAGUAUCCCCGUUACAUUUUUCUUAUCAAUUGCGAUUCGUAACGUGCUCGCUGAACGUACAUCCAAUAUUUUAAUUUCCGAGUAUAGGUUUACUACAGUGCUGAAAGACACCACUGUAUAUAUUUCUGGCUGAUUUGGUGAGGAAUUCGGAUCAUAGAAAGAGAUAGGCCUCUUUCUUCUACUAGCAACCGCAAGUGUGUGAUUGAGAAGAAAAAUAUCAAGAGCAAAAAAUAAAAUAUAAAUCGCGCGCGUGUGAGUGCUUGUGUGCAUUACUACUACUUCUACUACAACUACUACUACUAUUGCUACCGUUAAUACCAGUGUAAAGCAAGAUAUAAAAAUAUUUCAUUGAAUUUUUAACGUGGCAAAAAGUCGAAACACCGAUCAUACCGUCGCAACAACAGCGACAUCAACCCAUGGCAAACCGUGCUAGCAGUAGAGUGUUAUUGGUUACUGUGUGAGUAAAAGAAAAAUAUUGCUUCCAUCGUCUUCGGGCAAACAGCUGCUGGAAAGUGAAGUGAAAAGAAAAAUCGUCAACCUUCAACUACUGCCACACACGGUUGUUGUUCCUGUUUUGCUUAUAAUUGCUAUAUCCGUGGAGCAUACGCACGCAACAAUCCUGUGACCAAACGUCAGUCAGAGCCAGAGAGGACGACGAAGACACCUUUGAUUCGGCUGUCGCUCUCUCCUCCUUGUCGUCUCUCUCUCGCUCACUAUAUCUAUACGCGAGUGCGUCGAAGUCGUCGUCUCAAUCUCAAGAUGGCUGCUCUGUGUGCUGGGAGCUAUGGACUGUCCCAGCAGCAGCAGAAUACCAACGGUAACAAGGAACUGAUUUUGGUCAAGCUCACCGACUCGGCACUUCGAGCGAUCGACGAUUUUCAGCGAAAUCAGACCAAACUCGGCCACGCACUGAACCCCUCGAUACAGUUCCUCGCCAACGGACAGGGUUACCUGUCCUUCCCCUCCAGUGGUAGCAAUGGUCAGAAGUUCAGCUUCUCCAUCACGGACAUCGAGGGUGGCGGAUCGAUCGAAUGCAUUCAGCAGAACCAGGGCCAGCAGCUGCAAAACAUGGGUCACAUUCCGCACAAAAUGCGGAUACACGCCAACGAUGAUGUGUAUGAGACGACGAGGCACCGGAUGGCGGCCGCAGAGGAGAACCAAAAGAAUAAAUGUACACGAGAGAUCAAACCCAACCAGAACGACAUAGGACGUAAAGUGAAAUUAAAAAAUCCAACUGCACGUAUCAGCAACAUUCCUAGUAGUAAUACAGUGUUAAGCAAACGUGAUUCGCUGCAUAGUUCCAGCAAUAGCUACAGCAGCAGUGCUGUGAAUAGUAAUAUAUCAUCGUUAGUUCCCGCGCUCGCAAGUAACAACAGUCACCACCACAGCAACCACCACCACACCAGCAACAACAACCAUAACAACAACAAUAGCCAGCUGCUGUCGGCGGUCAACAAUGUCAACAGUUAUAACAGUCUUUCGACGUCCCCAAAGCUACCGAAAAGCAAUGGCCUGCAGCACAACAACAACUAUAAUAGCAGUAGUAACAACCACCCGUCGGUGGCAGCACAACCACUGCAAAUGAAGCCCGGCUAUCAACAUACGGUGCACGAUCCUCCCCAUCAGCAGCAAAAGUCUGAAAACGGCAUCGUUUCCAACCGGGUGACAAACGGGCGAACGCAGCAUAAGACCGGCAAUCCGGAAAUAAUGAAGCGUAACAUUAGAGAGAGGUUGAUUCAUUUACUAGCACUAAGGCCAUAUAAGAAACCAGAACUGUACGCCAGAAUAGCUCAAGACGGUGUUCGCGGGGCGGAAAAAAAUUGUAUAACGCAGGUACUGAAAAGCAUCUCCAGUAUGCGAGAUAAUGUUUACUAUCUACAUCGACACAUUUGGAACGAUGUACAGGAGGACUGGCCGUUCUACUCUGAGCAAGAUCGGCAAACACUCAAAAGGCGGAAGCCUCAAAAUCUAACACCUCCUCUCAGCUCGGAUGGCGGCUCAUCUACGUCGGGACAGAGUCCGUCUAGUGCGCACAACGGCAGCAGUCCGCCGUCUAGUGGCAAAAGGCCAUCGAUUACCGGCAAUGACGACAGCAGCAGUGUCGGCAGUAUGCCCACGUCGAAAAAGCCCCGUAUCAGUCACUACAAGAAGGAUAUCCUACCCGAUAUUAAUCGGCGUGGCGUAACCGAUUCCAGAGACACUAGCAAUAUGAAUCCACGUUCCAGGGAACACGAUGACAGUACUAUGCGUUCGUCGAAGCACUAUCGCAACGGAUCAAAUGUGACACCAAACGCGCAAGAAUCUGAAGACAGUGGAGUGAGCUUGAGUUACUCUCUUGUGCCCAACGAUGUUGCACGGAGGAUACAGCAAUCUACCGGAGACACGACGGACAUGAUGGCGGAACGGGACAACUACGACGAUCAGAUCAGUGCGUAUCGAGAAGACUCGAAGAAGGUGAAAAAUUUGAAGGAUGAUUUUAGUGAUCAAUUUACUAGAAUAACCUCGGUGGAACAAAGGCGUCAAUAUAAGACUGAAUUCGACAACGAUUUUCAAGAAUAUCGUCGACUGCAUCAAAUUGUUGAGAAAGUGUCAAGAAAGUUUGCUCAGUUGGAGGAGGAUCUACAACACGAGCGGCAUAAUGAGAGGCGAUAUAAGGACAUUCAAAGACAGAUAAUUAAAGAGUACGAUGAGAGUAUAAAAGAUAUUCGGUUUCAGGAGACAAAGCAAAGGUUCAAUUAUCUACACAACAAGCUAUCUCAUAUCAAACAUCUCGUGCUCGACUACGACGAUGCCAUCACCAACGGAUUAUGUCGGCCGCAGGAGAAUUACUGACGAUUAUUGAAACCUGUAAAACAGCACUCGUCGCAAUUUGUAUGUUGAUCAUAAUUGAAGAAGUCACAUGUCCGCGCUAAUUGUUGAGCACUGAUCCUCACAUGAAAUAUCUUGGUUCCUUCAAGCUGUUAUUGCGGAGGUACUAGAAUAUCAGUCUCAACAGUGCAACAGAAGAAUAAAAAUUCCGAUUGCAAAAUCAGAUGAAACUUAUGAGAGGAAACAGCAAGCAGCAGAACCACGGCAAGCGAUCCUUUGUUACCUUAUAUUAAAUAUUUGAUUAGCAGUUAGCAAUAGAAAAUCAGCAGCCAAGAAGAACCCUAACCAUAACCAGGGAGGAAUCAGCCGGAAGGGAGAAAGCAUUUUCGUAAUGAGUGUGAUUGAAUCGUGCCACUUUCUCGUCCGCGGGAUGAGCCUCCCAAUUAAGCAGCAAAACCAUCGAACCAUACACACACCCACGCACAUACACAUCUGCGUGAAUCAUACUAAGAAUUUCCCAUGAAGAUGGUGCUCAUUUGUUCCCUGCCUUUUCCACAGUAGCAAUUAGGUAUUCUCGUCAUCGUCGUACUCGCGGUUUCUCGCCACAGUCAGCACAUUACCCCUAUCCUCUCUACACUUUCACAUACACAAGCAAAAUUUAAAACAUCAAAUCUCACAAUAAAAAUAUCUAUACAUACAGUUGGUUAAACAUAUUAAGAGUACUAGGAAUUCUGAAAAUUGAACAAUAGUGAAAUGUACAACUUUUUACAUCGGUAAAUUACACAGCUUCCUUUUCCAACACACACAAACACAUGUGAAAGGGCACACACAUGCAUAUAUAUAAGAGAGUGAGAGACAUUAUAAAAUGAAUUGAUUUCUAAGGAUUUUUCUUUGAAUUACUUGUAGGAGUUUAUGAAACUUAACUAGAUAAUUGAAUAAUAGAAGGAAGUGAAAGAAACAAAAAGAAGUGAAGGACUUAUCAGACAAGAAAUCAGAAAGAAAGCUCGAAGUCGCCAAAAGAGAAUUAUGUUAGCCUAGUAGGAUUUUUGAAUUACUUUUUUCCAUAGUUUUCUCGUUUUAAAUUACGUUGGUUCAUUGAACGAAGACUAUUGUUCUUUUUUAACUGAAAACUUAGGAUGAGAAUUGAGAGAAGUAGAAGAAGAGGCACACCAAUGGUUGUAUAAGAGUGAAACAAAAAACAAAUCGUGAUAUUCUGUUUGCUUUCUUCCAUACAAUAAGCGGCAAAGAUUGUCGGAGAAACAUGCCAACAUUUGUUAUAAAACAAAACAAAAACUAGUGGAAAUGUUGUUUUGAGAAAUCCGAGAAAGCAAGAUUCACAGAAUGAAACCAAUGAAUGGAAAUUAUGGGUAUUUAAUUAAUUUAUUAGUUGAUUAAUUUAGGCAAUUUUCAAGGAAAAAAUAACAUAUGAGUGAGCAUUCAAAAAUUCCCAAGCGCCACAAGAACACAACACACCAGGAUUACAUACAUACACACUUGCGGUCUUGUUUGUGGGAAUCAUUCACUCAAAAGUCAGCGAACAUGCCAGCACAUACACACACACACCCACAGAGAAUGACAGAACCAUCGAUUUGUCGGAUAGAAAUUGAAACAUUAGUGCCACAGAAUUAGCGAAACGAAAGAUGUCAAAAUGAAGUAGACACACGAUUAGUUCGUUAUGUCUUGUUUCCGGUUUUAUUAAUCGUUUAGUAGUAGUUUUCGUCACUGACAAGUGAAAGGAAACUGAAUGCAGAUUAAUCUGCUCUAUGUAAGAUUUAAAAAAAAAGAAAAAAAGAAACAGAUCAGAUAGGAAAAAGAGAGAAUUAAAAGUUGGGUAUAGUUUUGUUUUGCCUGAUAUGCAAAAAUGGUUUAUGUAUGAAGUUAGUUAUAUUCGAUUUCCGUACUAGGGAGAACAGAGCGAAACAUUUGUUUGAAAUUUUGGUUUUUAUUUGAUUUUUCAUUCUUGGUUUUUGUUGACUGUUCGCAGUUUUAAGUUCGAAAUGAAGCAGAAGGAAAAACGAUUCAAUGGAAGAAUAAAAUAAUCAAUGUGAGUUUUAAUCAUACUAGAAAGCUUAUCACUUUCUACAAUUGGAAUACAAUACCGUCGUUGUUGAUUGUUGAAAGACAACGUUUGUACAUAGAAUUGAUGAUGGUUGUAGAAGGUUGCCGAUCGUUGAAGGAUCUACUCGGUGUUGAGUAGUUUUAUUCUUCAACUUUGAAAUGUUGAAAUGAAACUGAGGAAGCAGAAGCCAUACUGCCAUACUGUAUAAUUUUUUUUAUAUUAAAAGAAGUUUCAUUACAAGAUUUUCCAAUCUACUAAAAUUUACAGUCUAUGAGUGAACGACUGUAACGAGAAUGUUCGAAAAACCUUACACAGCAAUUGAAAUCCGACUUCACCUCAAGUCAAUAUUCGAAAAGAAAAUUAAUGAAAUGGAGAUGGAUAAAAAUUUCGCAUAUGAUGCGGUAUUCGAGUAUUCACCCCUAUUUUGCAUUUCGAUCGAAUCGGAUUAUUUUGGUCGAAUGCAAAAUUUUGCAUUUUGUGUCUCGAUCGAGUUGGAGUUUUCCAUACAAAAGCAUAUUUCGAACAGAAUGCAAAUUUUCACUUCCGAUCGCAACAUUUCGAUUCGAUAUACUUGAUCUGUACCUUGUUGGCAGGGAUGAAAAGGAAACACUCCAUAGUAAUUAGUUUUGGAACAAAUUGGCUUAAGUGGCACGUUCCUCUGAAUUUCACAGAAAACAUAUUAUUUUUUUGUGAAUAAAUUGUCGGGUUAUGACUUUUCAAUAUUCAAUCUUGAAUACAGUAAAUUUUCCUUGGAAGAUCAAUCAACUCAUAUUUUUGCCUUUCUCAUGCCCUGUGUUGUGUGUGUGUGUGUGUGUGUGUGUGUGUGUGUGUGUGUGUGUGUGUGUGUGUGUGUGUGUGUGUGUGUGUGUGUGUGUGUGUGUGUGUGUGUGUGUGUGUGUGUGUGUGUGUGUGUGUGUGUGUGUGUGUGUAUGUGUGUAUGUAACGUUUUUUGCACUAACUUUUUUCGGAGAUGGCUGAACCGAAUUUCACUUAGUUUCGAAUGAAAGGUCUUGUGGUCCCAUACAAAAUUCCUGAAUAUUAUUCCGAUCCGACUUUCGGUUCCGGAGUUGUGCGCAAAAAAUGGCAAUAUGUGUUCUAACUUUUCUCAUAGAUGGCGAGAUCGAUUAGGUUCAAAUGAAAGGUCCUGUGGUCCCUUACUUCAUUCCUGAAUUUCAUUCGGAUCCAAAUUCCGGAUCCAAAUUCCGGAUCCGGAAAUGUAGGGUGUGUUAAAAAUUUUAUACCAUAACUGAAAAGGGCGAAAAAUCGCACAAAAAACUCUAAAUCGGCCUCAAAUCAUCUCCAAUUGAUAGUUUUUAUCAGUAGACGGCCAAACAAACCGAUUUCGGUCAUCCUUUGAAGAAUCGAAGAAAAUUAUUUUGAAGAAUACCUCGGUAUUAUAUAUGAUGGUAUGAUUGAUAUGAGAAAGGCAUCAUUACACCAUUAGGUGGAUUAAAACAGGGUUUUUUUUUUAAAUUGUCACUUCUACGAAUCCAUUUCGUCAGUCUGUUUUCUCAUCGAUAGUGGUUAAAAAUCUUAUUCAAGACGGCUCUACCAUCUUAGCGGCAAACUUGAAUGUAUCUUGAUUCUUGAGGGUUUUUAGAUUUGUUAAGGUUUAUUAACUUGUUGGCGCCUUCAUCCACAAUUUUAACUAUCAAUCGACGCUUAUACAUAAGCUAUGCCACAUGUUGAUAAAAGUGAACGAAUUCCUCUGUUGAAUUUUACCGCUCGCACACAUUGACGCUUGUAGACAAUCGUCAGAAUUCGUACUUAUGUUUGAUUUUAUUAUGAAUUGGAACUUUUGAUUAAGUUUAUGUACUCUUUGUUCAAAUAGUUAUGUUCGAAGUAAUGCAAUAGUUCAAACCCCAUGAAUUAGCGGUACGGUUUACUAGCGUCCAGGGAAGAGUAAAAAAUGUUUACUGAACACGCAAGCCAUGCAGUUGUAUUUCUGUCAAUAGGAAAACAAGAAUUUUCAAUUCCAUCCAUAUUUUUUAUGAGUAGAAAAAGUAAUCGGGUGCAAAAAAUUGAUCAGAAAAAACAAAAGUUUUCGUCCCAAUUGAGUAGCUAUUUUCGUACAUACAAAAUUGCACAUAUAUAAUUGCACUAACACUUGGCUGAAGAAUUUCUCGAGAGCUAUCAAGAUCCGUCGUCAAUUUAUGUUGGAUUAUAUUUUGAAGACAGUUUUAAGAGUUUUUUUUGUAUUUUAACUAAUGAUCAAUCAAUCAUCACACGUAUCUCAUGAGAUAAAACAUCUGCUGAUUAAUCAUUAUAUUCGAUAGACAAGAUAUACUGUGAAACUCCAAUUAUAUGCGGGAAUGCAUGCAUAUGAAUAACAACAACUAGAUAUACCAUCCAUACUUGUAAAUAUUGUUUCCCUGUCGACUGAGGACUGAUCCGAGAGUUACUGAAUAUCUCUGUAUUACAUGUGCGCGGUUUUGAUCGAGCUCUUUUAUUUUGGCACAGAAAUUACAAAUCAGCUGAACGAGAAAAAUCGCGCCCUUUAUGCAAGUAUGUAAUUUACCGUAUCUGAAAAUAAUUGUGUUGCUAUUGAGGAAAGAAAUCGAUAGAAUUACGUAGUCAUAACUAUCGUACAUGGAAAAAUCUUUCAGUGUAUCGUAACAGUCCACCUGGUACACAACUAAAAGAACGAUAUCCUCAAUCACUUACACUUAGCCGUCAAAAUUGAAAAGUUACCUUCCAACAUAGCAAAUGCUAGACUCAAAGAACGAAUAAUUAAGUCCAUCGAAACAAAAGAAUUACUAGUUGUAUUAGUCGAACUAUUCCAUUAUUUUUGUUUACAAAUAAAAUAUUUUUGUUUCGAAAAGCCAAGCCAAGUUCCAAAAAGACGUCCUCCAAAAAAAAUACAAUUGUUGAAUUCCUUUUUGUUUUCGAAUGAAGUACGUUUUUGAAUAUUCAUUGGCCAACUAUAUUCUAGAAAACCUUUCCUUCCUCCACGUUGUUUUCCUGAAAUCAACUACUGUUUCGCACAGUAGAAAAUUUGCGACACACCACAUAUAUUCACCCACAGACACACACUUCCAAACUCGAGCUAUGCAGCAGUAGUAGAAGUAGAAUAUGAGUUUAGUCUAUGUCGAAGGCGUCCAUUAAAUCGAAAAUUUGACAAUUAUUUAGACAUUAAACAAAAAAAGAAAAUCUAAAUUAUAAGAGACUGAAGCUUAAUAAAAACUAAAUUAUCAUCCAAUCAGAAUAAAUAGGACUUUUGCACAUAUGUUCCAUACUUAGGUUCUAGUUCGAAUCAUAAAAAAUGAAAUUAGUUCUUCACAAAACAAAACUAGACGAAUGGUUAAACAAAAGUUGCACAAUUCAACCUUCCCGUAGAGAUCUUAAUUUCAACAUGCUUAUAAAGUAAACGGUUCACCAAACAUAUGAUAAAAAAAAGUACAUUCGUGGUGAUAAAUGAGCAAAAUUUCGAAAUCAACACAUUUGCGCAAGUUGCGAAAAUAUAUGUAAAUAUCAAAUCUAUCAAACCGUAUAUCAAACUCCGAAAAAUUUGACCAACAAAACAAAAACAGCACAUAUUCUGAGAUGAUUAGAAACCACAGUUUAGUUAAAUUCAAACACUUCUAAUCUGUAACCGUAACUGAUUAAACAUUUGUGAGAUGAAUCAUGCAAACACACAAAUUGUUCUAUUGAACCUUAGUAGUGAUAACUAAAAUAAAGUUGUAGAAGUCAACACAGAACAAAAAUAUGUGUCAUUUAACGAGGCAGUUCUCUUAUAUAACUAUAACAUAAAUCAAGAAUUAAAAACUGUUUGUAAGUGAGUUAAAGUAAACAAUUUCCCAGAUGGCAAAAAUCACAACCAAUCAUAUUCUCUUAUACACAAAUGAACUCUUUUAACGGGAUGAUUUAGUAGAGUAAAUUUUUAAUAAAUCAUGUUCAAGAAGAGUAAAUCCCCCACCAAACUGAAAGAUGUCAUGGCGGAAGUCAUAGCAAAUAAAUUAGAUGUUGUUUGAGAAUAAACCAAUAAUUACGACAAUUUCUAUACAUUGUUUGACCAUUAGUGAACACACACAUGAAACUGGAAGUUAUAUUUUCACUGCUAGAAACUAUUACUAAACAAAAAUAUUAUAUCCGUACAAAGAGGAACUACAACGGAAGUGGUAAAACAAUGAUACAACCUUGACCUUACACUUUUUUCUGAGAAAUUGAAAUCGAUACAAAUCUGCAAGUGCGCCUGUAUAUAAUGCUUUUGUGAUCCACAAAAAUAAUGUAACUAAUACCUAUAACCAAACAAUAUGAGUACAUCCAAAACUAAUGGGAUGAAACAAAAGUAUACAACAAUAUAUGCAGUUACAAGAGUAACCAAAAGAAAUAUAUAUGCUCCAUUUUACCACUAAAAUUUAUUAAAUCACCAGCAAAGAUUUGUAACUACUAAACAUACCUAGAUGAACUGUAUGAAAUGAGGCCCGGUAUACCAUUUGCCCCAAGAUUACCAAAACGAAUUUGUCUGCCAAAGCUUACAUCGUCGGAAGCGAAAGUUUAAAACAAUGAAGAAAGAGAAACGAAAGUCGACUGCAAGAUUGCUGAGGACCAGAAAACAGCCAAAACAGCAACACGACAGAUUUUUGUUUGCGUUAUAAAAUCAAGUACAUUUGUAAGACGACCAACUCUCACAAAUAGUCAAAUAGUUUACACUUCCAGGCAAGGAAAUCUGAUGGAAACACGAAACACGGCUUGUUAGUUAUGACGUACUAGAAUGGAGUACUUUAACUUAUUUAUAAUAUUGAUUGUCUUCGCAGAACAAGAAGAAGUCAUUUAAUGGAAAAAUGCUAUAACGUGGUUUUUUUUUAUAAAUGCCCAUAUUCAAAUAACAAAUGACGAUUUUAAUUACUAUUCUGUUCGAUUUCUGUUAGCAGAAGUUACUUGAAACAUGUGCUAUAGAUGUGGCAUUAUUGUUGUUGUUGUUGUUGUAAACUAUAAGGGUUCUAAUGUUCUUUUU